AGGGUGGAGCCAGACCCAAGCGCAAGGCUGGCCCGCUGCUGGCCACUGUGGCAGGGAGCUGCCGCGAGUGACAGGGUCAAGAAGUUGGUGGGCUGCCACGCCGAGCUUCGCGGGCUCCUGCUCCCACACCAGCAGCACUCACUUGCCCGGAGUCAUGCCCUCCUACACGGUCACCGUGGCCACCGGCAGCCAGUGGUUCGCGGGCACCGACGACUACAUCUACCUCAGCCUCAUUGGCUCUGCGGGCUGUAGCGAGAAGCAUCUGCUGGACAAGGCAUUCUACAAUGACUUCGAACGGGGCGCGGUGGACUCCUACGAUGUCACCGUGGAUGAGGAGCUGGGCGAGAUCUACCUAGUCAAAAUUGAGAAGCGCAAAUACUGGCUCCAUGAUGACUGGUACCUGAAGUACAUCACACUGAAGACACCCCACGGGGACUACAUCGAGUUCCCAUGUUACCGCUGGAUCACAGGCGAGGGCGAGAUUGUCCUGAGGGAUGGACGUGCAAAAUUGGCCCGAGAUGACCAAAUUCACAUCCUCAAGCAGCACAGACGUAAAGAACUGGAGGCACGGCAAAAACAGUAUCGAUGGAUGGAGUGGAACCCCGGCUUCCCUUUGAGUAUUGAUGCCAAAUGCCACAAGGAUCUGCCCCGAGAUAUCCAGUUUGAUAGUGAAAAAGGAGUGGACUUUGUUCUGAACUACUCAAAAGCGAUGGAGAACCUGUUCAUCAACCGCUUCAUGCACAUGUUCCAGUCUUCCUGGCACGACUUUGCUGACUUUGAGAAAAUCUUCGUCAAAAUCAGCAACACUAUAUCUGAGCGAGUCAAGAACCACUGGCAGGAAGACCUCAUGUUUGGCUACCAGUUCCUGAAUGGCUGCAACCCAGUACUCAUCAAGCGCUGCACAGCGUUGCCCCCGAAGCUCCCAGUGACCACAGAGAUGGUGGAGUGCAGCCUAGAGCGGCAGCUCAGUUUAGAACAGGAAGUACAGGAAGGGAACAUUUUCAUCGUUGAUUACGAGCUACUGGAUGGCAUCGAUGCUAACAAAACUGACCCCUGUACACACCAGUUCCUGGCUGCCCCCAUCUGCCUGCUAUAUAAGAACCUAGCCAACAAGAUUGUUCCCAUUGCCAUCCAGCUCAACCAAACCCCUGGAGAGAGUAACCCAAUCUUCCUCCCUACGGAUUCAAAGUACGACUGGCUUUUGGCCAAAAUCUGGGUGCGUUCCAGUGACUUCCACGUCCAUCAAACGAUCACCCACCUUCUGCGCACGCAUCUGGUGUCUGAGGUGUUUGGUAUCGCCAUGUACCGCCAGCUGCCUGCUGUGCAUCCCCUUUUCAAGCUGCUGGUAGCCCAUGUGAGGUUCACCAUUGCUAUCAACACUAAGGCCCGGGAACAGCUUAUCUGCGAGUAUGGCCUUUUUGACAAGGCCAAUGCCACCGGGGGUGGAGGGCACGUGCAGAUGGUGCAGAGGGCUGUCCAGGAUCUGACCUAUUCCUCCCUGUGUUUCCCGGAGGCCAUCAAGGCCCGGGGCAUGGACAGCACGGAAGACAUCCCCUUCUACUUCUAUCGUGAUGAUGGACUGCUCGUGUGGGAGGCUAUCCAGUCGUUCACAAUGGAGGUGGUGAGCAUCUACUAUGAGAACGACCAGGUGGUGGAGGAGGACCAGGAACUGCAGGACUUCGUGAAGGAUGUUUACGUGUACGGCAUGCGGGGCAAAAAGGCCUCAGGUUUCCCCAAGUCCAUCAAGAGCAGGGAGAAGCUGUCCGAGUACCUGACGGUGGUGAUCUUCACGGCCUCUGCCCAGCAUGCAGCUGUAAACUUCGGCCAGUAUGACUGGUGCUCCUGGAUCCCCAACGCUCCUCCAACUAUGCGGGCCCCACCACCCACGGCCAAGGGUGUGGUCACCAUCGAGCAGAUCGUGGAUACUCUACCAGACCGUGGCCGAUCAUGUUGGCAUCUAGGUGCAGUGUGGGCCUUGAGCCAGUUUCAAGAAAAUGAGCUGUUUCUAGGCAUGUACCCAGAGGAGCAUUUCAUUGAGAAGCCAGUGAAGGAAGCCAUGAUCCGAUUCCGCAAGAACCUGGAGGCCAUCGUCAGCGUGAUCGCCGAGCGCAAUAAGAACAAAAAGCUCCCCUACUACUACCUGUCACCAGACAGGAUUCCCAACAGCGUAGCCAUCUAAGGCCUUGCCUCCCUACCCAGCAGCUCUCUGGGAAGGCCAGUGGCUUUAUUAGCCAGAUCCCAGCUUGCCUGGCAGGCUCUGGGUCGAUCUUCCUGCAGCUGGUGCCUCUUCCAAGCUCGAAGUGCUGCUCUUGGGCCUAGGUGGUCUGGUUGAAACUGAAGGCUGUUGUAGGAUGGGGAGACAUCACAGAGCCUCAGCAUGUGCUACUUCUUCAGUGGACACAGUUGAGGAACCUCCCAGGCAGGGCAGAGAUGUGCAGCUGUGUCCCCCAGCCCAGCUCAGUGCCUCGUCACUCGGUAGCAUCAGAAUAAGUGACAACUGUUCUGGCUGGGUCAGGGGUACUUUAUUCUAUUUAUGCUUCCUCCAAUUGCUUGCAUAGAGUAGGUGCUUAGAGAAAGUUCUUGGAUUAAGAGUUUGUUAUAAAAUAAACUUCAUUUAAAACAGGUGUCAUACCACAUGCUGAGGUCCAGUCACCCCCACUCCCACCCCCACCAAAAUCACUGUUCUCUUUCGAUCAACAAUAAAAAAGCUGGUCUACUACCUCCUCCAACUGACAAGGUCUUUGCCCCCCACUCCAUACCAGUGGCCCUUUCUGCUUUUGUAGACAAUACAGGUAUUCUAAAUUAAACACACAAAUCUAAAGAUCUG